AUGCACGCCGCGCGCAUCCUGUGUGGCCUUCAGUUUGCAGAUGGCGUGCCGUCCACUUACAAUGCAUGUGCCACGUACCUGCAACGUGCCGCAGGGCUGGCUGGACACGGUGGCCCAUCCAAGCAGCAUUAUGUCUCUGAAGUCGCAUUCCACUACGGCAGUCGCCUGUAUGCAUCUGGGCAACAUGGUCACGCCGUACCUUUUUUGCGCAUUGCCUGCGACACCGAGGGGCUGGAUGACGAGGGCACGCGAGCCAAGUACGUGCGCAAGUGCCAGGUCCUGGCGGGCGCGUACCAGCACAUUUCCGAUUACCACAACGCGUACGACACGUACUGUCGUGGCCUCGCACAGGAUCAUGCACUGGAUGGAGCUGCCGAGGCGGCCGGCCAUGCUUUGCUACCCGCCGCACUCGAGACAGAGCCGCUUGCACUGAGUGCUGCGAUGGUCAAGGGCGUCCUACAAUUAUCCGUCUAUUGCCUGCUCUACCCCCAGGACCUCUCCCACGAGAAAAGUCUUGCACACCAGCUCAAGCGCCUCGACCUCUCGCCUGCCUCGCGCGGUGCGUGGCUCGAGUAUGCUGCGCACUCCAUGGAGUCUAUGCUCCUCCGCGACGAGACGCCAAAAGCGCUGCAGGACGUUUUGCAUGCAGCCAUACCGUGCUAUUCCCCCACCGAAUACCCCCUGCGCCGCGCCCGCGUGCUUCUCAAAUUGCACCUAUAUGAUACCCUCCGCGACACGCCGAACGACGACAAGGCGAUUGCCGCAUGCCUCGACAGGCCGCUCGUCAAGGACGCAGGGCUCGAGGCAUGGCACGAAGAGCUGCGAUGCACAAUGUACCUGCAGAAUGUGAUUGCCACCGUUUGCUUGCACGCUUCCAACGGCCCCAAGCUCGAAGAAGCAGCCAAACUGCUGCAAGAGGCAUGUGCACGGCUCAUCAAAAGCACCCAGCGUCCGAGCGAGGAGCGCGACAAGGAACCUAUUGCACGGACGCGCUCUGGGCGCUCGCGCGGACCAACACCGGUUUCUACGCGGGUGACGCGGUCGCGUGCGGCGACGCCCUCGGAAAAGUCGCGGCCUUCGACGCCGGCACGGUCGGCCAGCACGCUAUCGUCUUCGACCCCUCCUCGCAAGGGAAGUGGCGAAGGAGCCGCGCCAAACACUACGCCUAUCUUCCCGGUUGCAAAGCUGCUUAGUGCUGCGUGUGAUGCCAUGGCAUACGUCGGCAUGGACUAUGCCUACUUUGACGCCCUCCGUGCACUACAGCGCCUGACAAAGCAAAAGCUACCGGCGAUGCAUGCAGAGGCCACCGCCCGCAUUGUUGUGCACCUGGUCUCGCUGCGAGCUGGUGCCGAUGCUUGUUCUACAGCAAAGUCGUGUGAGAAAGAGACGGCGCCGAUGCUCUUUGCUGAUAUGAUGGGCAAGGUCCAGGCGGGAGAGACGAGCGACAUUGUCGCGCAGUACGAGCGCGGAGUGCAGCUCGCCCAAUCGUCCCUCCCGGGAGCGACGUCGUCCUGGGAGCGCGUGUCGUCCAAGUGCACCGAGUACGAUCUGCAAGCGCAGGCCGCCUUGGCUUAUGCCAGUUACUGCGCCCCUCAAGGCCAGUACACAGAGGCCCUGAGCGCGACUCUCCAGGCACUGCGCACAUACCUGCGCAGUGCCAUGGUCCUAGCCAAGGCAGCCGCGCCGGACCCGGACGUCUUUGCCACCAAAGAGGCCCCCGGCAAGCGCUCGAUCCCGCGCUACGCCAUGCUCGAGCUCCGCGCAUUGCAUUGGCGCGUCGCCAAGUCCUUGUCGUGCACCUAUCUUGCGCUGAGCCGCAUGUACGCCGAGCGCGGCGCCGUACGCGAUGCGAAUGCAUUUGCCCAGGAAGCCAUCGACUUUAGCGAGCAGCACCGCGCGCCGCUCCUCCGUGCUGCGGCCUUGCUGUGGCGUGCUGAACUUUAUGGCUCUCAGCGUGAUAUGGAUGCGGCCCGCGUCGCAUGGGCAAAUGGCAUGGGGCUGCUCGGCACAAUCCCCAGUGCCCAGGCGGUCCACGCCAAGGUGCUCGCGGCCGAGUGGAGCGGAGAAUAUGGGAAUGCAUGGGCCGAGGCAGGCGAGGCGUGGUCGGCACUGCAGCAGCUGUUUGGUGCAGACCUUCUGCGCGACCUGUACGUGCGCAUUGCCUGUGCAACGCUCGAUGACGACGAGCUGAGGGACACAGUCGCCCAUGAGCUUGCGUCGGUCACGCUUGCCGAGCGCUCUCUCGCCUAUGCCGAGAGCGAGAUGCGUGCAGACGCCGUGUGGGCGAUCCUCCCGGAAGCAGCGCGCGCUCUUCCCGGAGCAGCUCCUCGUCCCACGACGCGGGGCCAGGCGUCGCUCGCCAAGAACGUCAAGGCAUGGCUCGACGAUGCCGAGGACCUGCUUGCCCCACUUCACAUUAACGAUGCGCGCCUUGCCCGCCGCGCGCUGCGUGCGCAGUGCUCCCUCUCCCUGCUUCGCGCGCCGUUCUGUGCCAGCGAAGGUGCAGCAAAGAUGGCCACCGAGGCGGCCGUGUCGCUCAAUGCGUCCGUCUCGGUGAGUGUACGCCGUGCGUAUGUCGAUACGGCUGCGCGGCGGCAGCAGCCGGCCAAGGUUGACUGGUUUGCGAUCCGGCCACCCCCCCGGCCCGUCUCGCCCUUUUCGCAGAGCGUCGCAGGGGUGUACGACGCACCUCUGCAGCCUCCGUCCAACAGUGCCGUGCUGACGCUUGCGCUCUCGAGCGAUCGGUGCGAGCUGCUCCUGUCGCGCCUCGGCGGCCAUGCACCGACCGUCUAUACACUCCCCAUCGACCGCCAGAGCCGGCGCGAAGGCGAGGAAGAGCCACUUACUGCUGAUGCAGUGCUCACCGAGCUGCGUGCGAUCCUUGCGGCGUCCAAUGCCGGUGUCCAAGGCGCGAAAGACGUGCAUGCGCUCGAGGCGCGCAAGGCGUGGUGGACCGAGCGCCGUGCGCUCGACGAGCGCCUGCGCGAGCUGCUGCAGAGCAUCCAAGACACAUGGCUCGGCGCGUUCCAGGGCCUGUUUGUACCGUGGCCCGACGUCCCGCUGAGCGGUCUACGCGACCAGGUCGUGCGUGCGUUUGACCACGCGCUGUCGGGACGCAUGGCACACAAGCACAGAGUGCUGCUGCCCGAUACGGCCCUUGCGUGCCUUGCUGCGCUGCCGACUGACUGCACGGCCGAAGUGCUCGAGGACUGGGCGCACUUUGUGAUGGAUGCGACGCAGCUUGCCGGCGUCUCGAUCGCGCAAGACGAGGUGGACCUCGACGAGCUGUGCAGCGACCUGCGCAGUGCGCUGGACGAGCACCAGGCAAAGCGGCGCAAGGACCCCGAGCGCGACGAGCACCUCUACCUCGUACUCGACCGCGAGCUGUGCGAGAUCCCGUGGGAGUCGAUGCCGAUCCUGCGCGAGCGCUCUGUGAGCCGCGUGCCCUCCUGGGAGUUUCUCGCCGCGCUCACGCCCGCUGUCCGCACGCUCGACCGGCAGAGCACCGCGUACCUGCUCAACCCCGGCGGCGACCUUGUGCGCAGCGAGGCGCGGUUCGCCGGUCUGCUCCAAGCGCAGCCAAGGUGGCAAGGCACGAUUGGGCGUACACCCGUUAUUGACGAGGUCGCGCGUGCGCUGGCGACCAAAGACACGUUCCUCUACUUUGGCCACGCGGGCGGCGAGAUGUACGUGCAGCCGAUGCAGCUGCGCUCGCUCGGCCAGUGCGCGACGUCGAUGCUGUGGGGCUGCUCGAGCGGCGUGCUGCGCGACCACGGCGAGUACGAUCCCAGCGGCACGCCGUACGACUACCUCGUCGCGCAGUGCCCCGCGAUGCUCGCCAACCUCUGGGACACGACCGACAAGGAGCUCGACGGGGUGUGUGAGACGGUGCUGCGUGGCGUAGGCCUGUUUUCGCCGGCUGCCGCCCCGCUCUCGCGUGCCGUUGCCGCCGCACGCAGCGCGUGCAAGCUUCCCUACCUAACCGGUGCGGCGUGCGUUGUGUACGGUGUGCCGGUGCAGUGGCAAUAG